AUGGACAAUCUGGCGCCAGAACAACAAAAUCCUGAGGAAAAGCCUCCUCGAUCGAAGGCGAGGCGAAUAGUCUACUUAAUCCUCCACGUACUGUUUCACUUUUUGUUUAUAUUGUACUUCGUUGCAGCAACCGUCAGUUACAUACUUUAUGACAAAAAUUCGGCUAAAUGUUUUCCGCGUAACGAAGCCGAAGAAAUAGCGGAACCGAUAGGAAACCUUACAAACACAACCACUAGUGAAGCCACCACCGAAAGUACUCCUGGGAAAAAGGAGUCGGAGGUUAAGCCAUUUAUUCUAUGCAGCAUCAACUGGUGCCAUGGAUACGGCUUUCUUAUCAUCUUGUUUGUCAUAUUUUAUAUAUUUUGGCUGUACUACUGGGUGUUCAAACCAUUUCUUGGAAUCAAGCUCUAUAACAAUUACCUUGAGCCUGCAAUCGACAAAUGGAUGGAAUUCAGUCGCAAGUUGAUAGUGUCCGGAAUAAUGCUGGCGAUUGUGCUCGCAGUGGUGGUGGCCUACCUCGGAUACGAGUGCCGAUCGGAUAUGAACAAGGCGAUCGGACUGCUGGGACCCUUAAGCUUCAUCCUGCUGGGGUUUGCCAUGUCCAAGCACCACAAAAGAGUUCCGUGGCGGAUCGUAACGCACGGCCUCCUUGGCCAGUUGCUAAUGGCCAUCAUCUGCCUGCGCAUACCCUUGGGCCGCUCCAUCUUCGACUGUCUCGGGGAGAAGGUGACCAUGUUCCUGGGCUACGCUCAGUACGGAGCACGCUUCGUCUACGGAGAUCGCAUCUGCGACGAGUUUGUCUUCGCCUUUGCCAUUCUGGCAACGGUGUUCUUCUUUAGCGUAGUCACUAGCAUUAUGUACUACCUGGGCUGGAUGCAGUUCAUCCUGCAGGGCUUGGGGUUUCUGCUCCAGGCCACGGUGGGCACCACGGUCUGCGAAAGCGUGAACGCGGCGGGCAACAUUUUUCUGGGCAUGUCCGAGAGUCCUCUGCUCAUACGGCCCUACAUCGAGAUCUUGACCUCCAGCGAGUUGCACACAAUCUGCACCUCUGGCUACGCAACGGUGGCGGGAACCGUGCUGGGGGCUUACGUGUCCUUUGGUGCCUCUCCCGCCUUCCUGAUCACGGCCAGCGUGAUGGCUGCACCAGGCGCCUUGGCCUUCUCCAAGCUGUUCUACCCAGAGACCGAAGAAUCGCUCACCCGAUCCGACAACAUUGAGUUGGAAAAAUCGCCGGACACAUCGAUUUUGGAUGCAGCAGCCAAUGGAGCCGCAGCGGCAAUGUUGAUUGUACUUGGAAUCGUGGCCAACAUUAUUGCCUUUCUGGCCAUUGUGUUCUUUCUUAACGCCGUGACCGAGUGGCUUUUCGAGCUAAUUGGACUGAAUAAUAUCACACUGACCUUCCUGCUCUCUCAGGCUUUUGUCCCGGUGGUGUUUGUGAUGGGAGUUCCGUGGUAUGACUGUCAAGAGGUUGGACUAGUUGUAGCCGAAAAGACGAUUAUUAACGAGUUUGUAGCCUAUAAGCAUCUGGGCACGUUAGUGAAAGAGGACAAGAUCGACGCUCGGAGUAGUGCCAUUGCCACGUUUGCGCUCUGUGGAUUUGCCAACCCAGGAUCUCUUGGCAUCAUGAUCGCAGCGUUAAGUGCAAUGGCCCCAUCCCGAAGACAAGACAUCACCGGAGUGGCUUCUCGGGCCUUUUUUGCUGGCAGUUUUGUUAGUUUCACAUCUGCUUCUCUUGCGGGUAUUCUUAUACAGGACCACUAUAUGGGCCGGCCUGAUAUCGAAAAACUUCUAAUGUUACAGGAUGUUGAGCAACAUGUAGAUCACGUUAUGUUGAAUAUUUAAGCCAGUUUGAACCCAAAUUUCAUUAUAAUAUUUACCAUUUCGGCGAUGUGAGACAAAAUCAGAGUCCUGGUAAAAUA